UCCCCAGUUUCAAGAUGGCAGCCAUGAGGCUAUGAAGAAGCGACAAAUAUUUAUGGGAUAAAUAAUGAGAACGGAUGCUAGGUAGCAGCUGUUAGACACAUACGCUUGUGAUAUGACUGGUGUCAUUAUUACAAGUGUGUUGUUUCGAGAGUGAAAUUUACAAGGAAAAAUACGUUGCAUAUCGGUAUGCAGUUUUGCUAAGUUAGCGCUAGCUAGCUAAACACAUGAAUUCUGGGGACGACCACAUCUGAUUCGCCAGCUGUCAGCUAAGCAAGUAUAUUGAGCUGUACGCUCAACUUCACCAUGGCCAUCUCUCAGUUUCGCCUUUUCAAGAUUUGCACAUGGCUUGCAACCUUCCUUUCAUUCUUCAGAAGGUUAAUAUGCAGAUCUGGGAGGUUGCGUAAGCUAAGUGGGGAUCAGAUAUCUCUUCCAACGACGGUUGAUUUUUCAUCAGUACCCAAACCGGCAGAGAUUGAAGAAUGGAGCUCGUGGGAUGAAGAUGGUCCCACAAGUAUCAAGAUCGAGGGCGGUAAUGGCAAUGUGCCACCACAGCCCGGCGAGGAAGUGGAACCAGACUACUUCAAAGACAUGGCUCCCACCAUCAGGAAAACACAGAAAAUUGUGCUGAAGAAGAGGGAGCCACUCAACUACUUGGUACCCGAUGGCAGUGCGGGCUUCUCCAGCAGACUGGCAGCCACUCAGGACACCUCCUUCAUUCAGCCAUCUUCUGAGCUUGGAGACAUGGAUACCUGGCAUGAGGAUGCCAACGCCUGGGAGGAUGAGUCGUCAGAUGCUGCCUGGGAGGCCGAUUUGGUGCUCAGACAACAGAAGAUGGCUGAGAGAGAAAAGCGUUCCAUGGAGCAGCAGAGGAAGAAGAUGGAGAAGGAGGUUCAAAGGAUGAUGAAGAAGGACCAGAAGAUUGCGGUCAAGCUCUCGUAACAUUUUUUUAGAGCACUCACCCCGUGAGCCGGAGGGCAAGAAAAGGAACACUUAGACAAACGUCAUCACUCUAUCCUCUAGUCAUCUCCACACGAAGAUCAUCUCCACUCCACACAGCGGUCAUUUAAAAGAAUCUCUGUCCACCAGCCAUCAUUCGAGACAUGGCUUGGCCAGUGUGAUGUUUGUUCAAAGACUGUUGCAUUUAGUUUCCGGAAAGGCACGGCAUACCUGGGAUGUGUUCAUUAGGGCACGCAACGGAAAUGAGCGUUUUUUUUUUUAUCUAACAAGUUCAGGAAGUCACCCCCUGUAUCAGUUCUUUCUUUAUUUUUUGAGCCAAAUGAACACUACCCUGAUUUACAGUUGAAGUCGGAAUUUUACAUACACCUUAGUCAAAUACAUUUAAACUCAGGCUUUCACAAUUCCUGACAUUUAAUCCUAGUAAAAAUUCCCUGUCUUAGGUCAGUUAGGAUCACGACUGAAUUUUAAGAAUGCGAAAUGUCAGAAUAAAUGUAGAGCGAAUUAUUUAUUUCUGCUUUUAUUUUCAUCACAUUCCCAGUGGGUCAGGAGUUUACAUACUCAAUUAGUAUUUGGUAGCAUUGCCUUAAAAUUGUGAGUUGGUGUAACUGUGUCAGGUUUGCAGGCCUCCUUGCUCGCACAUGCUUUUUCAGUUCUGCCCACAAAUGUUCUAUAGGAUUGAGGUCAGAGCUUUGUGAUGGCCACUUCAAUACCUUGACUUUGUUGUCCUUAAGACAUUUUGCCACAACUUUUGAAGUAUGCUUGGGGUCAUUGUCCAUUUGGAAGACCCAUUUGCGACCAAGCUUUAACUUCCUGACUGAUGUCUUGAGAUGUUGCUUCAUUAUAUCUACUUAAUUUUCCUUCCUCAUAGUGCCAUCUAUUUUGUGAAGUGCACCAGUCCCUCCUGCAGCAAAGCACCCCCACAAUGUGAUGCUGCCACCCCCGUGCUUCACGGUUGGGAUGGUGUUCUUCGGCUUGCAAGCCUCCCCCUUUUUCCUCCCAACAUAAUGAUGGUCAUUAUGGCCAAACAGUUAUAUUUUUUGUUUCAUCAGACCAGAGGACAUUUCUCCAAAAAGUAUGAUCUUUGUCCCCAUGUGCAGUUGCAAACCGUAGUCUGGCUUUUUUAUGGCGGUUUUGGAGCAGUGGCUUCUUCCUUGCUCAUCCGCCUUUCAGGUUAUGUCAGUAUAGGACUUUUUUUCCCUGUGGAUAUAGAUAGUUAUGUACCGGUUUCCUCCAGCAUCUUCACAAGGUCCUUUGCUGUUGUUCUGGGAUUGAUUUGCACUUUUCCCACCAAAGAACGUUCAUCUCUAGGAGAUAGAACACGUCUCCUUCCUGAGCGGUAUGACAGCUGCGUGGUCCCAUGGUGUUUAUACUUACGUACUAUUGUUUGUACGUAUGAACAUGAUACAUUCAGGCGUUUGGAAAUUGCUCCCAAGGAUGAACAAGACUUGUGUUCUUGGCUGAUUUCUUUUGAUUUUCCCAUGAUGUCAAGCAAAGAGGCACUGACUUUGAAGGUAGGCCUUGAAAUACAUCCUCGGGUACACCUCCAAUUGACUCAUAAUGUCAAUUAGCCUAUCAGAAGCUUCUAAAGCCAUGACAUAAUUUUCUGGAAUUUUCCAACCUAUUUAAAGGCAUAGUCAACUUAGUGUAUGUACACUUCUGACCCACUGGAAUUGUGAUGCAGUGAAUUAUAAGUUAAUUAAUCUGUCUGUAAGGAAUUUUUGGACAAAUUACUCCGAACCGACUUGCCAAAACUAGUUUGUUAACAAGAAAUUUGUGGAGUGGUUGAAAAACGAGUUUUAAUGACUCCAACCUAAGUGUAUGUAAACUUCCGACUUCAAUUGCAGUUCGUGUGACAAUACUUUGAUUCUGAAGGGUUAAAUAAAUACUCUGCAAUGCCCUUUGGCAUUGCCCUAUAUCAAAGACUUGCUAUCAAAUGUCACUCUGGCUAGGUGUGACUCUGGGUUCAGUCAUUUAGAUUUGAGUUACAGAAAACAAACUGUCCAUUUGUAUUUCCCAGGAAUAUGUGAAAAUAUUCUGGUACCUAUAGUACACGUGAACUCUCAAGAGACCUAUUUCUCUGGCAUUGUCUUAUAACAAGAAGGACGAAGGUGUGUAAUUAAAUGUAAGUCUCACUGUAUAUCAGUUACAUACCCUUUGUUGCCUUGGUUAUUGUGCUUUUUAAUUAUGUUUCUCGUCUUUGUUCAAAAACACAUUCUCUCAUUGAUGUUGCUUGAUAUUCCUGAUGUACUUUUACUGUACAGCCUUCAAUAUACUGGAAUUGCACUUUUUAAUUGAAGGCUUAAAAAGAAGUUUCAAACUGAGUGUGUGGACACUGUCAAAGGGAUUUGGGAAUUUAAUUGAGCCAUACUCAAGAGUUGACUGUGGGUUCCUAUGGUAAUCCUGUGGUUACUGAUCUUCCUGGCUCAACAUCUCUGACAUCUUGAAUAAUCAAAAAAUGUUCCUGCUUGUUCUUAUCCCUGCUUUUUAAUACACCAACAUAGAAGCGACUCCUCUUUAAUGACUUUUGCCUUUGUUAUUAUGUUGAAUGGUUUUUUUUGUGUUUUUUUUUACACGUUCAAUGUAGCAUAACACACACAAACUCUGUCUCUGUGUUAUCUGAGACAACUUGGUGAUUAGACUUGGAUGGCCAACUGACAUCCUUGAUCGGUGAUCAUAGCAAAUAAAAAGAUGCAAAGCUCCGUGCUUCCCUCUGUCAUUUGUGGACCGUUAAAUAACAGAAUCGGUCAAUAGAUUUCAUAAGUCAAAGCCUUUUGCAUUGACUGGACUAAACCUGUUACGUAUCAAUAUGAUUUUGGUAUGGUCAAUCAAUGUCGAAUCAAUUGGAGCUUUUUGUGAUGGAAGUGUGCGCUUUUGUGCGAGUUCCCAGCAACCGGUGUAUGAGACUGGAAUGUCAAGCAGAAGGGUCUAGUUGCCAUGGAAACAUAUAUGCAGAGAUGGAGCUGUAAGAGCUGACAUGCAUUUGCAAUUAACCAGACCUGUUGGAUUAGAGUAACUGAUAGUCCCUUUUUACACAUUUGUGUUUUCCUUGUUCCGUCACUGGGGUAUCCUGUAUAUAAUAUGGGGACUCUGGCAAAAAUAGUUAUAUAGAAUGUCUAAAUGAACGAUGCCUUUGAAACCGUGGUGUUUUCAUGGUUAUUUUAGGUGGGGCUUUGUGGUAAAUGAGGGAUUAAUUUCUGUUUUUCAGACUCUUGAUAUCGAUAGUAUUAUAUUACCCAUUGCAUGGAACAUUGGAUUGUGAAGAAAGAGGUUGUUAGCCACAGAGAAUUAUGAAAAUAAUACCGCUGACAAUUGUCCUUUUUGCUUUCUUUGCAAAUACUUCUUCCAAUUGUUAUCAAAGUCAGCAUGAUGGGGAUAUGUGCUUAUGUUUAUCUUUGUCAAAUGUCUUUUUUUGCACAUUCCUUAAUUUUCUGUAAUAAAUCUCUGGGUCCCUUUUCAA